AAAGAAAAAAGAAAAACAAAACGUGGUUUUAUCACUAGAUUGCGACGGUGGCAGCAAAAUCCAAAACAAUGUUUUGGUGAGAAACGCGUAAAACAACUAGAUUCUGGUGAACUACUGCCGCAGUGCUGUAAAGAUCCAUUAAUGUUCCCACACACACACACCCGCACGGAUAUCUGUGUGAAAAAACAUCCCCAUGUGAGUGUCCCACACUCUACAAAUACCACCCCACAACCUGCAUUGUUCCAACACAGUCUCCAAAAACCGUAUUAAAAGAAAAUUUCCAUUUUUCCAACCAAACUCGCAAAUUCGAAAAUGGAAAUAGACAAUCAAGAACAGGUUACGGUGAUGGAGCGAAUCAAGGCCCGUUUGGGCAAGAUCCGAAAUGCGAUAGCCGGCGUGGGAGAAGAAGCCCAGAGAUUGGGGAAGGAAGAUUCGAGAAGGAUCGUCCACGCAUUCAAAGUCGGAUUAGCCAUAGCUGCGGUCUCUCUGCUCUACUACUUCGACUUCUUCUUCGACGGAUUCGGCGUUAACGCAAUGUGGGCCGUCAUGACCGUCGUCGUCGUCUUCGAAUUCUCCGUCGGAGCAACGCUGGGAAAAGGGGUCAAUAGAGCGAUCGCGACGCUGCUAGGCGGAGCCCUGGGUGUUGCGGCGCACGAUUCGGCAAGUUUCACUGGGGAUAAAAUCCAAGUGAUCGUGCUCGGUUUGUCUGUUUUCUUUAUAGCUGUGGCGGCGACGUUUUGCCGAUUUUUUCCGAAGAUGAGGGCGAGAUACGAUUAUGGGGUGGUGAUAUUCAUCCUCACAUUCAGUCUGAUAUCGGUGUCGGGCUAUCGAGACGACGAGGUUUGGGACAUGGCGUACGGGAGGCUGACGACCAUCUUGGUCGGCGGCUGCGCCACCGUUUUGGUCUGCACAUUGGUGUGCCCGGUUUGGGCGGGUGAAGAUCUUCACAAACUCACCGCCUCCAACAUUCAAGAACUUGGGACUUUCUUGGAAGUUUUUGGACGUGUCUACUUCCAAGAAGAAGCCAAAGAUGACAAAAACCGUGUGUUGCUCAAUGACUACAAGACUGUUCUCAACUCUAAAGGUGUUGAGGAUUCAUUGGUAAAUUUUGCGAAAUGGGAGCCGAGGCACGGUAAAUUUAGGUACCGCCACCCAUGGGACCAAUACCUCAAAAUUGGCUCUCUCACUAGAGAAUGUGCAUACAAGAUUGAUGCACUAAAUUCUUACCUCAACUCAGAUGUGCAGACGCCACUAGAGCUUCGGACAAAGAUUGAAGAGGCUUGCAAGAAGAUAAUCUCAGAGAGCAGCUCUGCGCUGAGAGAGCUAGCAAUGGGGAUUCAGACAAUGACUUGCUCCCCAUCACGUGACGCUCACGUGGUGAAUGCGAAAUCUGCUGCUGCGAAACUCAAGGCCUUGAUGAGAGCCGGGCCCUGGCCCCACACCGACUUUCUCGACAUAGUUCCGGCAGUCGCGGUGGCUUCGCUGCUCAUCGAAGUAGUGUGGUGCACGGUGAAGAUUGACGAGGCCGUCGGCGAACUCGCCUCGUCGGCCAGAUUCAAGAAGCUUGAUCGCAGGCUCAACAGAGAACUAAGCUUGGAGAAAAUGCAGAGAACUCCUAGUAUUCAAGCUUCGCAUAUUAAUAUUCUUGUUGAGUGAUAUUUAUGAUUUUGCCAAGUAAAAAAUAAAAAGUGAAUCACUUUGUAUUAUACAUAUUUGUAGAAUAUAUAUAUAUAUAAAAGGAUUUUUUAUGACAUUUUGAUA